UUUAACACAGCAACCUUAUAACGCUAAACACUGUGAAGUCAUGGCGAGGAGUCUAACAUAGAGGUUGGACAGUGUGAGCUUCUCCUGUCUGCUGCAGGGGAUUGCUCAGUCAUCUCUACAUCUGCUGUUUUCCCACAUUCCUCAGAAUGGACUGAUAAAAGCUUUUAUCACACACUCAUUUCAACAGAGACUAAACUUUGACCAUGAAAAAAAACUGUUCUUUCUUUCUUUCUAUGAUCAGGAGAGCCAACAGGAGAGGAGAUUGUUUUAGUGGCAUUGGGGGAUUUAGGAAAAACUAACAGACGUUUUACCAUGAACCGGGCCUGGACCUUUUUCAAGGCUCAUCCUUACAUCAGUAACGUCCUGGGAUACACGGCGCUGUUUGCCUCGGCUGACCUCAUACAGCAGAGUGUCCUGGGUAAAAAUCCCACCACUGGAUCUGAGUCUGAGGGGUCAGUCCAGAUCAACUGGUGUCAGACAGCUCGAGUGGCGACUGUGGGGCUGUGUUUCCAUGCCAACUUUAACUAUCACUGGCUCAGAGGCCUGGAGAGGAUACUGCCAGGGAGCGGAGCGAAGGCGGUGAUGAAGAAAGUGGUUCUGGAUCAGCUGAUUGCAGCUCCUGCUACUAUCAGUGCUUUUUAUAUUGGUUUAAGUUUAUUAGAAAACAAAGACGACCCACUUGAAGACUGGCGACAGAAAUUCUGGACGUCUUACAAGGCUGGGGUUGUGUAUUGGUCAACAAUGCAGGCUGUGAAUUUUGUCUUCAUUCCUCCUGUGGCUCGCACUGCAUUUGUGGGAGGAAUCGCUCUGACUUUCACCAUCUUUCUGUGUCAUCUUAGACAGCAGCAUAGAAACAACCCCGCAUAAAUCCAAAACUCAUUUUCUAGAGAUUGCUUAUAAAAUAAUGGAAUUAACUGAAGCUCAAUCUCUCAAAUAUAUACUCUCUAUGGAAAUAAUAACAUUGCUGUAUUUUUUAAUCAGCUGAUCCUGUUUGUUUUAAUCUGCAAACAAAAAAUAAGUAAAUGAAUGCAGAAAUGGCUGGCAUUAAUUAUUUUUGCUGCCCUUGAGAUGUUUGACCUGAAUGAGUUAAGAGCUGUGGUGUGUAAACUGCCUUAACCUCAUUGGCAAGUGUGUAGUUUUCUUUCUCCACAUAAUCAUGAAAUCAAUGUGAUUCCUAUCCUAUCUCACUCUGCUGUUAUUUGUCUUAUAAUGCAUAAAAUUCAUUAUGUAGAUUCAUAUUGUUUGUUGUUCUGUUUAAGUAUUCCUGGAUGUGUGCUCCUGUGUUCCCUCUUGUGUGCAAAAAAAGGUAGUUUAAUGAAAACAGCUGUCCACUGUUGUUAUAUACUCAUCCAAUAGGAGUGAAGCAUGUCAAUGACUAGAUGCAAUCA